AUGCAGGUGGAAAUCUGGAGCGUGGGUAAGCAGGACUCCAUUAUAUGUUCCACGAGCUGCUAUUUACAACGUGGAAAAGCUAGGUAUCUCUUCCCAUUGUCUGAAUUAGACCUGGCCAAGGCUUUCUAUAAGGAUCUCUUCUUGUGGACUGAGAAGAUCACCGGGAGUCGCUCCACUCGCUACAAACUUGACCAUGGUCGGUCUGGCGGUGCUUCGGGUCUGUUUUGCUACUACUACCAUUCUCAAAUUCUUGAAAGCCUUAACUCGGACCGGGUGACACAAUGCCUGGCUACUCUUGAGUUCUCAGAGGAAGGAUUCCUGCCCACGUCCUGGGCCUUCAAUGCCUCGAAGCCAUGCUCCGGACAGGAGUUGGCAAGCUUCAAAUUGCCUCCCACUUAUUGCUUGCAUUACCGAGGAGCUCAGUACGAGAACUACGUGGACUACUAUAACGAAGCCUACUUUAACCGCAACAGAAACACUCAUCAAAAUAUCACUUUCACACGAACAUUGACGGAUGACGAGACAAGCCUUUCCUCUAGCAGUACCAGUGCGCCUUCAGUAGCAGAUCCUGUUGAAGAGACCGCCAGCGAAACGGGAACUACACAAGCAACAGCAACCCCCGGUGAAACUGUCAGCGACCCUAGCAUUGCAAAAACAGCAAGUAGUAGUGAGAGCUCUAACGUCCAGAUUGCGGGGGCUACCGCUUCUAGCGAUAAUCCCCUUUUCGCAGACAGUUCAGGUUCUUCCAGACCGAGCUAUCUUGCUACCUUAACGAUCGCUUCAACAGUUACCAUGAUUCAGACCGUGUCAAUCUGCUAG